CCCGAAUCAGCACCUGACCACCCAGCCUGCGCUACCAAAACACGAGAAAGAAGCAAGAAGCAUCCGGGACCACGCGCGUUGGAGUUCCGGUUGACUCUCUACGGCAACCACAGUCCAGAAAGCUGCGUCGUUCCUUCCCAUCGAACCCUCGAAUUCGACCUAUGGCACCAUGCCUCCAUACCUAUCCCCCCUACACAUAGCCAAGCCCUCGUUACCACCCACCUGCGAACCUGCGAACGAGUUUCUGUAUCAUCUGUCAGCGGCAUUCCACACCUGCGUACCUACGAACCUCGCGCUCGUCUCGACAUUGCUCGGCACAUGCAGCAUCAUAUCAUGGCUAUUCGCACAGCUACCACAAAUAUACAAGAACCAUAAGCUGAAGUCAACAUCAGGACUGAGCGCUUUCUUCUUGACGGAAUGGCUCCUGGGUGAUGUGACAAACCUGCUGGGCUGCUUGUUCACUGGACAGGCGUCAUGGCAAGUCAUAAUCGCAGGCUACUACGUCUUCGUUGACUGUUGCUUGUGUGGUCAGUGGGUGUGGUACGAGCUGUUGCACCAUGGAAGGCCGCUGAGGCCGAUCUGGGGCCGAUGGAGUAGCUCAGCUGGCAGCGGUUCUGGCGCCGGAGGCUCUGCCAUGCAUCAGGUUCUGGAUGGGAUGAGCAUAGGCGGUACGAACAACGCGUCUAGCCCGCAAAAGUCACCGCAAGAUUCAAGUGAUAAGAAGAACAUCACACAAGAUAGCGCGGCCAAAGACGUACCGCGCUCGAACGCGAAGGAAACCUUUAGGAUACCCAACUUUGCGCGCUCGCCCAUGCCUACGAAAGAAUCAUGGCAAAGUACAUCUCCGUCAGGCGCAUCACCCAACCCCAAGGUGCGGAUAGCAGCCUCGAGCUCACCUAUGCCCUCGCCCAAAACCGUCCUAUACAUCACUCUCAUGAUUGCAGUACUCGCCAAUCCCACUACCGCUACGCCGAUAAGUCCCUUCGCUCCAGGCCUCGCCCGCGCUCGCAGCCUUUCCGCCUACACAACUACCGCGACCAGCUCGCCCAGUGCCUCGGAAACUGCCGGGAAAGUUUUCUCAUGGAUGAGUACGUUCCUAUACCUCGGAUCGCGCCUCCCCCAACUCUACAUGAACCAAGUCCGCAAAUCGACAGCCGGUCUGUCUCCCACCCUCUUCGCAGCAGCCUUCUUCGGCAACCUCUUCUACUCGACUUCCCUCCUUACGAACCCCUGCGCGUGGUACGACUAUGCGCCAGGCGAAGGUUCUGGUUGGGUAGACCCCCAAGGUAGCGUGAGAGAAGACUGGGUCCUACGCGCCGCACCCUUCUUCUUCGGUGCAGCAGGCGUGCUCCUCAUGGACGCAGCAGUCGGUCUGCAAUUCUGGUGUUUCGGCGACGCCACACCCCGGGGCCGAUCACCGACACCUCGCGACGACGAAGUCAUCAUCACGGUUGAUGAUCACGGUAAGCUGGUGCGCAGGAGUAUGCAUUGGCGCCGUGUAAGCGGGUGGAUGAGAGGAUGGGCUCCUGCUGUCAGUGUAGCUGCUACGCCGAAUGUGAGCCGCGCGAAUACGCCCAUGGAUUCUCCGAGGGAUACGAGUCCGGCGAGUACAGCUGGAAGUAGUUCGAGCAAGAGCAUCCCCAUCAAGGGGAAGGGUAGCGCAUUGGACGAGGCGAGAGCACUUCUGGGAACGAGUAGACAUGCGAGUCCGAGGAGUUAUGGUGCUGUGGGUAGUCCGAGGUAGUGGGAAUUGUUGCAUUUACGACAUUGAAUGGUAUUCUUGAGUGCGUGGCAUCUUGCAUCUACGAUGGGCGUUUGGGAACAUUGGCACUAUAGCCUAUACAUAUUAGCUUACGAAAUGAUCGAUACUCUUUUCAUGAAAUUAACCCUGCAUUAAGAGUUACGUCUUAUAUCAACUACCGACCUAACAUGCAAUCUGCACAAACACACAAGAAAGACAAUUGUUGUAAUGUAGUAAUACGCAGUUGCUCUUCCGCUGUUUCAUAAAGGUUCCUAUCUAUCUACGAUUGUCCAAAGAAAGCAACCAAGUCUAACCCGCCUCUGACUCUGGCAAGGGAAAAAAAGCACCAAAACGCCGAG